AAGCGCCAACGCAGACGGGUUGAGAAACUAACACCGACCAAGAAACCGUUCUAGGCCUGUCCCUAUUACCAAUUUGCUCCGCGAUCUCCCCUUUCCUACAUGACUUCCACCUCCCUUCCAACUCAGAUGGUGUAGGGUUCUUUGUGGAUAUCUAUAAGGUACUCCCAGAAAUCAUGUACAGAACGUGGUGCGGACUAUAAGGGAUCCAGACCAACCAGCAGGACAUCCAGACCCAGCCAUGGCAGGCUCAGGCAGCAGCUCGCCAUGGGGCAAGCAUCUGUUCAAAGUCGUCCUGAUGGUCCUAGUGGCCCUCGUCCUCCUCCACUCAGCAUCGUCCCAGGCCCAUGGAGACUUUGGGCAGCCAGGCCAGAAGAAGAGGGAGGCCCCAGUUGAUCUGCUGAGCCAGAUAGGCCGAUCUGUGCGUGGAACACUGGACGCCUGGAUUGGGCCAGAGACCAUGCACCUGGUUUCUGAGACCUUGUCUCAGGUGACGUGGGCCAUCUCCUCAGCCAUCUCUGUGGCCUUCUUCGCUCUGUCUGGGAUCGCUGCACAACUGCUGAAUGCCUUGGGGCUAGAUGGAGAUCAUUUCACCGAGGGCCUGAAGCUCAGCCCCAGCCAGGUCCAGACCUUCCUGCUGUGGGGUGCAGGGGCCCUGGUCGUCUAUUGGUUUCUGUCCCUGUUCCUCGGCUUGGUUUUGGCCUUGCUGGGGCGGAUCCUGUGGGGCCUGAAGCUUGUCCUCUUCCUGGCCGGCUUUGUGGCGCUGGUAAGGUCGGUGCCCGACCCUUCCACCCGGGCCGUGCUGCUCCUGGCCUUGUUGACCCUGUACGCCUUGCUGAGCCGGCUCACUGGCAGCCGGGCUUCGGGGGCCCAACUGGAGGCCAAGGUGCGAGUGCUAGAGCGCCAGGUGGAUGAAAUGCGCUCGCGGCAGAGGCGAGCAGCCAAGGGGUUCCGGAGCAUGGAGGAGGAGUGAGAAGGACGCCUGACAACGCCACCUUUGUCAUACCAAAGAGCUGAGCUGCUUCUGGGUUGCAGGCCCUCCUGCCAGCCCCUUGCCCCUCUCUUGCCAUCUCUGAACCCUCAGAACCUUUCUCUCUGCGCCAGACCCCUUCGCUGCGAGGGAGGAAGGCCAUUCCCCCUGCUGGUCCUCUGUCUGGGGUUGGUUCUCUUACCACUUUCUCUGCUCCCACCCUGUCCCAGCCAGGGCAGCUUGGAUGGGCCUCCCCACCAGCUUCCGCAUCUGCUCUCAGCAAACAUCACUGCCAUUGGCUUCCCGUGACUCUUCCACCACCUCACCUUCUUCCUGAUGCGCUGGCUUUCCUGCCCUCUGGCUCCUCUUUUGCCAAGUCCCCAGCUCCCUUCCUGUGUGUCUCCUUCCAGCCCUGUACUCCAAACAAAUCCUGGUCCCUCAAGGCCAGUUCCCAUCCCCUUCAUUGCCCAGCAUGGAGAAGAGGCAGGGCAUAUGGGACCUGAGUGAAGGGAGGUGGGGUUGGGGCCGAGAUGUACACUGAGUCUGUUACAAGUGCCUUAAUCCGCGCCAGCGGGCCCCCUGCUUGCCCGCUGCUGUGCUGUAUCGCUGUGGCUGCUUCAUGUCAAGAAGAGAGUGAUUCCUCUCAGGAUCUUGAUUCCCCUUCAGCCAAAGCAAAAGAUGACUGCUUCCUACGUAGGCGUGUGCCUGCAAGUAGGACCCUACAGUGGCCGUCAGAUCCCUCAGGAUUUCAGAGACGCUGAGGAGGAAGGAUGACUCUUCUCUGUGUCUGCACAGCUCCAGGCGGGUCUCCAUUUCAGUCUCCACUCACUGCCACCAAGGAGUGGCCGAUCAGGGCCACCCCAGUGGCCUGGGAGCAUCACGGAGCAGACACGCCAGAGACGUACUAUAGCCCCUUCCCUUCACAUGCUCUGCAGGGAGCAGGGGGAGCCUGCCGACCCUUCCACCGGGCUCAUUCUUCCUGAGGCUCUGGUGGACGUGGGUGUCCUGUGCCAGGCCCGGCACAUGACGUGAGGAGUGAAUAAAUGCCCUGUUCUUACUAUUAAGGUUUGAUGUGGAAUCACAACUGCAGUGAUAUAUAUUUUUAUCAGCGCUUGUUUGGUUUUCAAUAAAGUGCACGCUAUUUUACUACCUUG